AAGAAUGGUUCUGCUAGCGCUGGUUUCAAGACUAUUGUCAUAGGGGUUGUGACGCAUUUUCAACCUCAUACGCAGGCUAUCGGGUAAAAUAUGCAGUCAGACCUAUUAUCUUAUUUACUUUUUAAUGACAAUAUUUGAAGCGAAUUUCACCCGUUAUUUUACUGAUGGGCACUUUCAAACUACCUUAAUUACAUGCUGCGAAACGUGUUCAGGUACUGGUGUACGCAUGAAACUGCUACAAGAAUAUGAAGUAUGCGCAUAUGCCAGAGGAGCUGUGUCACACUAGAGCUUGUUUUCGCCAACAAGGUAACGGGGUCACGUAAGUGAUAGUUGGCUUCUUCCAUUGGGUGUAGUGACAAUGCUCGGGUAUGUUUCGAGUUGCUUCUUCACUGAAAUUCUCAAACACAAAAGCGUUUUGCUACUAAAGGUCAAAUGUAUGUUGACCGAACCAAUUUUAACUGAGAUAAACCUGAGUUUCCAUCUAGAGUUCAUCAGGGACAUGCUCGGUAACAUGCUUUAAACUAUGCUUGAUCGCUGAUUUCGAUGUGGAUGAUACUGGGAAGUUGGAAUAAUAACCGCUUUAUGAUUCUCGUUGUGGCCACUCCCUGAGUAAACGUACUUACAAGGUAGACAGAAAUUUGCCGACAGUUGGUUACAAUGGCUGAGAAUACUUCAUGGAGUUUCGAUGAAGCCGAUUUAUCUGCAUGCUUUGACGACACCAUGAAUGGCAUCGGAGCAGGUGUCAGCUCUAUGUUUAAUAUGCGUGAUGCGUUAUCAGCUUUGCCACUCUGUAGUGAAGAAGGUAAACUCACAGACGAUUCUAAACCUGAAGAUGGAUCGAAACUUUCUAUUUUAUCCAGUAACUCAGUACAAAAUGUUGAUAUUUUUGUAUCCACUGCUGAUACCAACUCUCACUUAUUCGAUAACAUUUUAAAGGCGCCAACUUCGUCAGUGACUCGUCUUAGCGAAGCAUCUUUAACUUACUUGAAUCAAGGACAAACGUAUGAACUUAAACUGGAUGCAAAAACUUCAGAGAUAAUGUUUAUCAAGACUUGUGUUCGAGUUACUUUCUACGACAAACAGAUGGAGUUGAAGGAACGUGAGUAUUGGAAUGAUUGGCACCAAACACACCCAAGUGAACAUCUCCUAGACAUAGAUUAUGAAAAAUCAAACGAUUAUGAAGAACUCGUUUUGGGAAAUACAUCAUCAGAUGUGUUACUAUGCGUUUGGAAAUACCCUACGUGCACUGUUGGUCUACGAUUUAAUUGUGUCAGUACUGAGUUCACUGCUAAAAAACAUGGUGGAGAGAAAGGCAUUCCUUUUAAAUUUCAGGUGGACCAUUUCGAAUAUGACACUAGUCGACAUUUGGAAUCAUACGCUUGUCAAAUUAAAGUGUUUAAGAUGAAAGGAGCUGACCGUAAGCAUAGAACAGAUCGAGAGAAAAUUGGACGUAAAUCAAACCAUGAUCAGGCUAUUUAUAAACCUUCACUUCCAGUUACAAAGUUGUCAUUCCUACCGACGAAACAAGUUAAACUGCAUGAUCGUAAUCAUUAUCAUUGUCAAUCGGUUUCAGAUAAAGAAUUCGGCGGUAAUACCUUGAAAGAAUCGGUGACUAAAGCUUUGAAUACAUCUCCUACCACUUCUGUUCCCAGUAAUUCAGCGAAACAACUUAGAAUAGAUGUGAAUGAUAUAAUGAUACAAAAUUCAUUUCCUAAAAAACAAACUGCAAUGGAAAACUUUACACUUGAGGACGUGAAUGAUGCAACACACAAUUUUAAAUUACCCCAUCCAGUUGGAUCCUCCAGGAAUGAUCGAAUGUUACCUGAUUUUGUUACACCUGUACAACCUUUUCGGCGUACAGCGUAUUUAAUGUUAAGAAAUUCAUCUCCUGGUAUCUCACCUUCUCCAUCUUCCAAUGGGCGUCCAAAUUGUAUAAUACAGCCUUGUCUUCAACGGCGUAGACGUCUAAGGGUGGGAGAUUGUUGCGUUGGUGCUUGUUCAUACUGUGGACGAAGUUGUCGAAGUGCUUCUCGAUGGGUCCGGAGUAACAAAAACAGAAUAAUGUGUUCUGCCUGGGAUAAUUCAGUAGGACGAGUAAAGCAAGCUAAUCUAAUUUUUGAGAAAAGAAGAGCCGUACACAGUUAUGACAGCACUUCUAACCUACCUGAAUUACAAAAGUCUAAAGCGAUACGUAUGAAAAUCCCGUUCCAACAUUCCAAUUCGGAUGCUAUGAGUAACUCGAAAAUUUAUGAGCUGAGUACAUCUGGUGAAUCUUCCAGUCUAGGAAAUGAUGAAUUCAGUAAAUGGACUAUUGUCGAUAAAUAUGAUGAUAAAUCCUGUUCAUCAUCUAUCAUUGUGUCAAAUCUUCCACUCAACUCAAUGCAACAAAUCGAUCAAGAUCCUUUACUUGGAAUGUCCAGUGCGACCCCUGCCAGUCGUGAUGCUGGCUACUGUAGUGAUAUUCAUACAUCACCAGGACGGAAUGUAGCAGAAAGAGUUCUAGAUCAAAUUGGAUAUUGCACUGAAGACGAUAAUCAUGAUCGUGAUGACGAUGAUGAUAACGGUGAUGGGGAUUCUUUGAAAUACGAAGAAUUAUGCUUGGAAAAACCUGAUCCUGUGGUCAGUCAUCAAAACUCCUUAUGUGAUUCAAUUGUACAAUUAGUAAAUGUACAACAAACUAGAGCAUCACCAUUAACAAUAGUUAAUGAAUCACUCUCACCUUGUCCUUCUAUCAAUAGUACCAUUGGUAACAUGCCUUCAGUACAUUCUGAAAUGACUGCCUCACAGGUGUCAAGUUGGCUUUGUCAGUCACAUUUCGAGAAUCUUGUAGAAACAUUCAAGAAUUUUACGGGACGUGAUAUGCUUCGUUUAGCAAAAGAGGAUUUAUUAUCAAUAUGUGGAUCAUUAGAAGGUUUACGUCUGUAUAACUCACUUUAUAGCAGACCAAGUGUUCCAAGAUGUAUAUUGUAUGUAUGCUUGAAAGGAGAAACAAUUUAUCAUGCAGUUAUGCUAUAUGAAAUGAAUGUCCAUGAACUACACUGCCGCAUUGCUGGCAUAUUGUCGUGUCGGCAAGAUCAUAUAAAGAUCAUUUGUCUUAUCACAGAGAAUGAUAUUCCUGUGUUGUUAACUGAUGAGCUUAUUGUUCAAUUAAAGGAUAAAAGCACAUAUCAGAUUACAGUGAACCGAACCUGUAGUAACAAAGUCACUGUAUGGUUGAAACCUGUUUAACAAGAGGAUAAAGGAGAAGAAAUGAAUUUUUUAUACUGUGAUAUCACAGCUACAAAUGUUUAAUAUUUCUUUGCGUAUAACAAUGGGCUGUACAGAUUGUAUGGUUUGUUUUACAACUAAUAGUUUCUUUCAUUUAUGCAAAAUUGUACUCUAAUUUCAUUAUUUCUUGUUUAGAUGCGUUUUUUGAAGUUUCUUUCUUCCGAAUGCAUUUACCAUUCAUUAAAGCUUUGAAUUUUAAAAUUAAUUAGAUACACUGUAACGAGAUUGAUAUUUAUGUAUAGAGAUUGAUCGAUAUGAACAGCGUGUAACCAAAAAUAGUUCAACGGAAUGGAAUUCUGCCUUUAGGUCGAGAAAUACAGUUAGUGUUGAGCAUGGAUAAGUGUGCCCAUGUUCCAGCACCUAGUGGAGAGUGGGUAGUUGGUCGACGCACCCAAAACCAGAUGUGAAACCAUUCCUCAGGUUUAGUGUUCCUGAGCUCCACUCUGACGUCUAUUGACUAUAGAAUCUUAGACAAUAUGUUCGUCAGACUGGUUCCUCUAUUGUUAUCACAAGAGGAUUUCUCUCCUUUCUUGAAGAUUGGGACAACCAGUGAUUGAAACCAAUCAGAGAGAGAAUCAUAUCUGAUUCCCAUACAGUAGCUAACACUUCAGUUAAUCUAAGUAAAAAUUCUAAAAUGCCCCUGGUAAUAAUUCAUCCAACCCUGCUGCUCUUCCUCGUUUUGAAUUAUUAACAGCUAUUAUUUGUUAGAGGUUCGGCCUUAAUGCUCUAUUCACGAUAAAGGGAGACGGAAUAGUUGAACUGUUCUUCGAAGUGUUCCAUUUAUCAUCCAGUCGUCUUUCCUACUAGUGAAACGCAGACCCAUCUCUCUCCUCUACAGUUUCACUAACCAUUGAACGUUUCAGAUUACUUCCCUUUAUAAGUCUAAAUAGCUGUUUAGUGUUACCUAUCACCACUGCCUUCUCCAUUUCUUUAACCUUCGCUAUCUCCCACUGUUCACAGUCAUUGUGCAGACUUUUUGUCAGUCUGAGAGGUGCCUAUAUUAUUCAAUGCUCCAGUUUAGUCUUUACUAGAAAUGUCACACAAUGAAACAGUAUUAUUAUUCACUGGAUAACGUUUUUAGACAAUUUGUUGUUCAUAUUGAUUGCGUUCAUUGAAAUGAUAUCAGUAUUCAAACAUUUGGUCGCUUUGGAGUCUGUUGUAAGGCAUCAAGUGAGGUGUUUAUAUCGAGUAGGGUUCAUCAACAAUUUCUACUCUUCGCAUGUUUAUUCAACUUUAUGGACCAUGUGCUUAUGGAACUGUCUCCUACAGUACGCAGUUGGCAUAAUUCUAUUAGAUGAAGAUGCAAAGCCUCCCGGACACCUUGAGUGAAAAUUAGAGAUACACUUCUCACCACCAUGGUACGAAUUGUUGCAUUAGGACUGUUUUGUUCUGAUAUCACGUCUAACAAUACGGAAUGUUGUUGAGCGCUUUGACUGUUUCACUCACUUAGAAAGUUGGAUGAACCCUGGUUGAUCAGUUAUUGAUGGAUUCUCUGCAUGCAUGUAAAAGGUUUGCUGCCAAUUUUACAAUCAAUGAUAUUUCUGUAUUUAGCAGCAUUUUGCUUUGUUCUGCUUCUUUAAGACUGUGAGACAUGGUGAUUAAAGAUGGGGGAAAGGAGAGGACCUCACGCGUUCCAUCACUGGUAUUUUUAAAAAUAAUAACUUGUGUUCCGUGGUACCGCUACGUCAGUAAUGUAGAUAUCAAGUGUAGAGUUUUGGGCGAGAGUUAAGUUAGUUGAUAAUCUUGUAAGUUAUCAUCAACUGAGGUGAUUAGGGCAUAUGUUACCUGUGGGUAUUCACCGUCUGCUCCUUCAGGUCAUGUUAACUGGAUUCAGGCUACAAGUUGGUAGGUAUUCACGUCUUAUUAAAGUAUGGAAUCUCUGACUGUUGGUCUGGUUAGAGUCCAUAUGACAACUGAAAUCAAAUGUAUGAAAUCCUAGGUGAUAUGGCUUAGAAUUGAUCUCGAUAGCGCAGGCGGGUCGAAUCAUUAUAUUACCCUAAUCAUCAAGUGUUAACUCGUUAUUGUUUCACCCGUUCUUAUUUCUUUUUAAAACUUCGGAUAAUUUUUUCUUCUUUUGUCUUUGUUUUCUGUCUUUCUACUUUGUGUCGUGAUGUAAAGUAUGGCUGGAAACUUUAUACUGUUGUGCAGAAAUGCUAAACCUCAAGUUGAUAUUGACUACAUUCAUUUUUACUUCCACAUAAAUGUAAUCAUAUAUUGACUGUUGUGUAUCACCUACUGUAGAUAUCAGACAAAUGAGAAUGCAUACUAAUUAAAUACUGGUUUUCAUAACCUUAGAAUGUAAGUAUAUUAAAGUUGUUAUAUGUUGU